AUAUACUCAAAAAGAGUAAUGAGUAUAUGUUGAAUAAUCAUAUUGUUUGAUACUGUUUUUAAUGGAGUUAUGUUAUUUUAGAGAAAAACUAUCCUCCAUAGAAACUGGGAAAUUCUAAUUAAUUGAAUAGAAUUAUCUUUGAAGCUGUAAAUGUGUCUGUCUUAUGCAGGUGCCAUAAACAUAGGUAUUUUCUUGAUCUGCUUAGGCAUGAAUAUACCAAUAGCUGGAAUAAGCUUGAGUUCAGCCUUAGGGCCCCAGCUACCAGCCAUUUGUCCUGCUGCUCUUUGAGCUGUGGUGGAUAUUCUGGCCAAACAUAAAAAAAGACCCUACUGAAUUUUAGGAAAUUAAAAGCUUUAUUAAAAAAAAAAAAAAAAAAGCUGAAAGGCUUUGUUACCUUUGUUAAGGCUUUGGUACCUCCUUUCAUGCCUUUCUCUACCCAGGGUAUUACAGGAAUGUGUUGCUUAAGGCCCCAUUUUCAGGACAGCCACCAGCAGAAUUCCACAUUUCCCCCGUUGGCUCUUUGCAGUGUUGCCCGUGCUGUUGGCUGCUCCAGUGAGCCCUUUACAUAACCUCCCACCCUGGGCUUGCUCGCACCUGGCAGAACUGGCCAGGCUUUCAAUGUCUGCCUUGCAAUUCCCCCGGUUCUCUUGCACACGCAGCACUUAGCAAUGGAUGGCCCUCUCCAUCACUCCUAGAGAAACACACCUCCAAGGCAAUUCUGUAGAGUGCAAGCACGAGUUUUAUGUCAAAUGGAUUCAAUGUGGACAGGAUUAAGCUUGUAAAAAUGAAACACUGCAUGGUUGUAGAGUAGCAAAAAGCAGCCAAGAAGGGGUUAACACUUAUUAUUAUAGGGAAUCUUAAAGGUGCCUGUUAUUACCCUUGAUGUUUAGUUUUUGUGAUUCAGCUCUUCAGCUUGCUUUAAGAUAGUGAAAAAAGAAAAAAGAAACUUGACCUUGACCUCAAGAAUACAGCUUGACCCCAGUGUUACUUCUUUUCUUGUUCUCAUAAUAUCUUCCUUAUAUUUAAGGAAAGUUUUAACAGCCAAACCACCUGACCCCAGAGCAGAAGGGAGCUUAGCCUAGUGAGUGCCACACAUAAUUUUUAUUCUUUUGAAGAGAAAAAAAUGCCUCCUGGUAGGCAGCCAGCAAGUGCAGGUGGAAUUUGCCUUCACUUGCUUAUAAUCAGCUUUGUCCCUUUGUUGAUGUCACCUUAGCUAUAUGCUGUUGCCACCUUCUUAUCCAACCACUUUCUGUCAUAAAGCUCAGCAGGGAAAAUAAAGUGAGGCCAAAACAACAUAUGGAAAUGUCUUGGCAAGAUUUGGCUGCUCAUUUGAAGAGUUUUUCAUUUUUCUGUGGGUAGAGGAUGAAGUCAGAGCUGUGUUGUUUCAUAUAUAAGGAUCAUUAUUUUUAGACCAGUGUCAGUUCUUAGCCUCUCCAUGUAAUCUGCUCAGACGGAGCCAUGCGAGGCAGCAGGGUGUGCAUGAACUGUCUGUGGGGCUCAGUCACUGAUGUUGAAUAUAACUUGAGCUUUGGAGGUGUGAAUGCUCAAAGCACUGAAUUGUGUAGUUCAUCUGUGUCAAGGUGUUCAGGCAUGGCAGCUUUUCAUAAAACCAGUUGUUAGUCUGCUGGUGUUCGAUGUCGACUGGGGGACAUCCAGGCCUGUCCUGCUGACUGUGGCCAAAGUGCCCGAGUUGGAGAGAGUGCACAUACUGCAGCUGUGCAUCUCUGCAUGUUCCCAGCAGCCAGGGCCAGUGCAUGUAGAGGGAAUCUUGCUACAUUUAAAGAUUAUCAGGGCCCAUUCUGAAAAACACCGGCUGAACCACGUGCGUUUGGUACUGCCAGUGGGAAGGUUUGUCUAGGGUGUCAUCCCUCAGCUAUACAUAGCAAACUCAAAGCUUCUUACAGAGAAACCUCUUACCAGUCACUUUCCACAAAUGGUGCCUGUACCUAAAGGUACUUAGUGAAAAUCCUUGAGAGGUAUUUAAUGCAAAAGCAGUUCGUUUCUCUGGUGUUUUUCAGAAGCCCUCACACACUAGCAGGGAGAAGUGCAGUGCAGCUACAGCACAGCUCCUGGGCCAGUUAUUCAUUUUUUCUGAACCAGGCUCUGCCACCCCGAGGGCUUGCCAAGAUGUGUGACAUGGGGGGGCUCGACAACCUGAUUGCCAACACUGCCUACCUCCAGGCGAGGAAGAGUGGAGAAGGAGACACCAAGGAAAUGCAAAAGAGGCGUAGGAGCCUCUCACUGCCCAAGGUUGAGGAGUGCAAAGAGCAUAGAGAAUCCAUUGCUGGUGAUUAUGACAGCAUCUGUGAACAGCAGCCCAUUGGCAAGAAAUUCUUCAGAGACUUCUUAGAGACAGUGCCAGAAUACUUGGUAGCUAGGGACUUCCUGGAUGAGGUGUCAAACUGGGAGCUGGCAGAGGACAAUCUCAAGAGCAGUACCAUGGAGAAUAUUGUCACCAAUUUUCUUAAGGAAGGCGCCAAAAACUAUCUGUCUUUCAUGAGCUCUGACUUGGUCAGCAAGUGCAAAGCAGCUACUGCAAAAGACUAUGAGAACAUCAUGCACCUGGCCAAGGAGGAAACCAAAGUCUUCUUUAAAGACAAGCCCUUCCAGGAUUUCCAGAACAGUCCCUUUUAUGACAAAUUCAUCCAAUGGAAAGUGUUUGAGAAGCAGCCAGUAACUGAUAAAUACUUCUCUGAGUUCCGAGUGUUGGGCAAAGGUGGCUUUGGAGAGGUUUGUGCCAUCCAGGUCAAAAAUACUGGCAAGAUGUAUGCCUGCAAGAAACUGGAUAAGAAAAGGUUGAAAAAGAAAAGCGGAGAGAAGAUGGCACUGCUGGAGAAAGAGAUCCUGGAGAAGGUCAAUAGCCCUUUCAUAGUCACACUAGCUUAUGCCUAUGAGACCAAAACCCAUCUGUGUCUUGUUAUGAGCCUCAUGAAUGGAGGGGAUCUGAAGUAUCACAUCUACAAUGUGGGAGAAAGGGGUUUGGAAAUGAAAAGGAUCAUCUUUUACUCAGCUCAGAUCACCUGUGGGAUUCUGCAUCUCCAUUCCAUCAAAAUUGUGUACCGGGAUAUGAAACCAGAGAAUGUCCUCCUGGAUGACAAUGGGAAUUGCAGACUGUCUGAUCUUGGAUUGGCAGUGCAAGUCAAAGAGGGAAAAAGCAUCACCCAGAGGGCUGGGACAAAUGGUUACAUGGCUCCAGAAAUCCUGAAGGAAGAGGACUACAGCUAUCCCGUGGACUGGUUUGCUAUGGGGUGUACUAUUUAUGAGAUGGUUGCUGGGCGAACACCAUUCAAGGAUUUCAAAGAAAAGGUGAAUAAGGAUGAGGUUAGAAGAAGAACUCUGGAAGAUGAGGUGAAAUUUGAACAUGCCAGCUUUACAGAGGAAGCAAAAGAUAUUUGCAAGCUGUUUUUGGCUAAGAAAAAAGAGGACCGUUUAGGAAGCAGGAAUGAAGAUGAUGACCCAAGAAAACACAGCUUCUUCAAAACUAUAAAUUUCCACAGGUUAGAGGCAAACCUUGUUGACCCUCCAUUUGUGCCAGAUCCAUCAGUUGUCUAUGCCAAAGAUGUUGCAGACAUUGCUGACUUCUCUGAAAUACGAGGAAUUGAGUUUGAUGACAAAGACAAGAAGUUCUUCAAAAAGUUUGCGACAGGUGCUGUCCCUAUACCCUGGCAGGAAGAAAUCAUUGAAACGGGACUGUUUGAUGAACUGAAUGAUCCCAACAGAGUCGUUUCUGGAGGUUAUGCAAAUGGAGGGGAAGCUAAGUCAGGAGUUUGUUUGUUGUUGUAAUUAUAUCUUUACCAAAAAGAGUAGAAUCCACCUCAGAACUUUCCAUAUUCUGACUCUGUUUCAAAACCUCAGUACACCUGUUUGAGAAGACCAGCCAGUGUAAUGUGACAUUGACAGGCUAUGUAGGACCACCAGCUGAAUAUAUUAUUUUCCUUUGUUGUAAGAAAGGAGAUAUUUUUGUGUUACUAGAGACGAAUCAAAUGAAGAACCAUAUUUCUCCAAGAAGCUUAGAUUAGAAAUUCUGAAAUACAAAAAGCAGUGAUAGAGUGAAGAGGCAAAAGCUUUUGAAAAUGAUUGUUACUGCUUUGAGUACAAUGAUUCAUUGGGGUUUUUCCCUUUUUUCUUGUUAUUUCUACUAACAUUUCCUCUUUGUUCCACAGUUUUCAGGAAGGAUUUUUUAAUUUUCAAGUAAUCUCGGAUAGUGGAGCUCAUAUACCCUAUCAAACUCGGAAUCUUACUGGUUAGCCAGACUGUCUGUUAAAUUCUGUUAGGUUUUGGGUGGUUUAUUGUAAUAUGUUCAAAUUGUCGUAAGAUACAAAGAAAGCUCUACAUAUCACUUGGAAAUAAGAGCAACAGGAUCACACUCUGCAAAAGUUAUUUUAAUGGAGUGAAGAUAAGAUUGCACCAAUUUAAUGGAAUAAAGCAUUUAUCAAUUAUUAUUAAGUGUAUUCUUAUAAGUGAUAAUACUAUAUACAAAGAAAAUGUAUUUACAAUUAAAUACACAUUAUUUUUGGCAAUUUAAAACUUUUAUCAGAUUUCCUGAUAAUUUUUCUGUAUUUUGGUGAUAAAUUAAGCUACAGAUAGACCAAAGCAAUUUGUAAUUGACUUCUUACAAGACAUUUAUUUCAGUGUAAUGUGGAUUUUAAUUCAAGUUGAAAAAUGCAUUAUACUAUUGAGUGCUGUAAUGGUGAAAAAAUUAUGUAUGCAAGUUGAAACUAUCUUCAAAUGUUUAUUGAUUCUCAUGCAAAUUUUGAAGUGUUUUUAUUUUUCAAUUUUAUGACAACCUAAAUUGAAUUACUUGGGAAUAUUGCUAUGAAUACUUGCUCCUGGUGAAGUGUAUUACUCAUGAGAUGCCUCCUGCUGAUUUUCUGUGAUAAGAAAAUAGGCAGUUGUUCUUUGCACAACUUUUAAAAGUGACCCUGCACAUGCUGGUCACUGUCACCUAUCCAGCCAUAAUUUCCAUUGACUAAAGUGGAAGUGGAAACUGCUUCAUUCCUUGGAGUCCUGGAAGCUGCAAAUGCCCCAUUUUCUGUUCUUCAUACAGCAGACUUCCUACUGAACUCAAGGACUUCUUUUGGCUAGACACUGGUGUUAACUCACAUGUCUGUUUUAGAGGAGGAAAACCUGUAUAUACAAUGUCUUCUGUACUCAGGUCUGUCAUGUGAAGCACACAGCAUUGGUAUUUAUUUAUAGCCUAAUAGCACAUCCCAAACUCUUAAGUUUUAAAUACUGUAAGUGUUUUAGUCACAGUUAAGUAAUACAAUGGUAAUACUUUGUGUUGUUCUGAGUAGAAAAAGAAUUGUUCUUUUUUCCUUUUAAAUUUGCUUUUCUGGUGCUUUAUAUACUUAAUACUGAAGUGAAAAAUCAAGAACAAUUUUACUUAGGAUUAGUGGGUAAUCCUGUUCAUGAAUUAUGACCAUAAAAUUGUCUGCCUUUUGAAUGGAGACUUUCCGUCAAAUAAUUUAAAACAAUAUAAGCUGAAUUCUGAUUUGGUCUUUUAAUUGAGAAGGAUGAUCCUGAAAGAUGGCGAAAAGCAGAGGAAGUUGAGAGAAGAGCAAUGUCGUCCUGGCAUGGAUUACAAGAGUGCUUCCACUGUUGUCAUCCAUUGAUUUUAUUUCUCAUUGUUCCCACCUGCAGAAAGCUCUCACAGUGGUAGUAAAUAUACUAGGCUAGUAUAUUUAAGAAGGCAAAAGAGAAAACUUUUAUUAUUAUAUGCAUUUUUAAAAACCCACAAAACACAAAGCAACACAAACACCACAACCACCACCUGAUUACAGCUAGGAAAGACAUGUUAGUGCUAGUGGCAUCAAACUUUUGUCCUAAAUUGAUACACCUCAAAUCCAUAGAAAUGCUGUUUCAAAAAUCCUCCAGAACCAUAAAGCAGUACUCUGAAAUGGCUGUAGGUUUUCCAGUGCACUACUGAGUUUCAAGUUGCCAUUUGGAAAGAGGUUAUGUAUAGACAGAACCAGAAUUUAAUGUUUUAUUAGAAUCACAUAUCCCCAGUGAUACUGGGUGCUGCAAGGCUGCAUUUUGCAAAAUGUGUUGCAUUAAUGAGAUCUGUGAAUUCAGGACACCAUGUGUGCAUAACAUUGGAUUAUUUAGUUUUAGAAAUGUUGUGGUGUCACUAAUCCCAGCAGGAUGUGCAUCAGUGAGAUCCAUAAUGUUAAGUGUUUCAUUAAUCAUUCAGAGUAACACAUCAGAAGUUUGAUAAUGCACAGUUUGGCAAAGUGUAUGACAGAGAAGAAUGUGUUAGUUUGAAGUAUUUAUUUUAAUUUUCUAAAUUCACUUUUCACGACAUGGACAACUUCUAUUGGCACCAUGGAGAGGAGGCAGGAGAAAGAUUAUUUCUGUAUUCCUGUUAGCACUUUCCAUGACUCUUUUAAAAAUUAUUUUCAAAAUUUUUAAGGAAUCUGUGAAAUACUUUGUUCUUUAAUUCUUCCUGCCACUGUAAAGUUCCUUGUUAAACUUUCAGGAGCAAAGUUACUUUAAUAACCUGCCUCACCUUAACAAAAAGCCAACAAUCCCCAAAGAUUUACAUGUUCAGUGAAUUGUCUUACUGCAACCAAAGAUGCUACUCAUGUGAGUAAAUUUAAAUGAAUAUGCAAGUGUUGCAAGAGCAGGGCCCAAGUCAAAAAUAUUGACCAGGUCACUGGAUGUUUAUGAUAGAAAGUGAGGGAUGAGUGGGGGAGGAAAAUAACCAUGUGGUUAUGGAUUACUUGAGUUGUUGUGGCAAAAGGAAAUUAUGUAAUUUGAAACUGUAAUUUUUUUCUUCUAGCUGUCUCCCUUUUUUCUGCUUUGCCAAUGUGGUGGUGUCUCACUUGGCUGCCUCAUUUUCCAGCAGAUAAGAUGCAUUUGAGUGCUAAUAUAAUCUAAAAAACUAAAUUGUGAACUCUAUUGCAUUAAAUGCCAUUUGUGACAGGUUACAGGGUGCCCUGGCCAUUCUGCAGGCAUUGUACAAACAGUGUUGUCUUUCCUGCCAUGUUUAACUCAGUCCAGCUGCUGGAACUGUUUCGUAAUUCUGACUGUAGCAAGCUAAAAUGUGACAUCCAUAGUGGCUUGAUGUGUUCUUAUAAGAACAUCAUUUAAAGUUCGACAACGCUCCUGCUGCUCUGAAAGGUGUAAGAGAAAGACCUUUCCCUUGUAUCUCAAGUCCAGAUUUUUUUGAUACUACCUCUGUUCCUCUUACCCUCACUCCCCUCAUUUCACUGAGCACAGAGACAAAAUUAUGCUUGUUAUUAAUAUUAACCUAAUGAAAUCAUUGUUCACAGAGAUUAUUUCUCAGUGGUACUGAGUACCUUCAGUUGUUUCAUUGCAAAGGCUCAUUUAGUCAAUAAAUACCUUGUGUUGCAGCAAGUAGUUCACUUUUUUAUUCCAGUAUGAAAUAGAUUUAGUAACAGGAACCUGUGUGCAAAUUCCUGGCACAUCUUCAAGGUGGCAUCUUUAUUAGGGAAGGUACCUUUACAUUAAGCUAAGAGCAUCAUAACAAAUAUAAUACUGGAGAUAAUUAUUUCUUCAACUAUAAAUUAAUGCUAAUACUAAAGUAAGAUGCGAUCUGUACUUAGAGCAGAUACCUGAAAUUGUACAGUUGUAAUUAUAAAGUGAUGCAUGGUUUUAUAUACUUUCAAUAUUAGCAAUUUUUUAGAAACAAAAUGCUUAUAAUACUGUAUUGAAAAUAUUGUCACUUUUACAGCUUUUAAUGAUAUAUCUGUAACAUUUUUCUGAUCUGAAUAUCCACAUCUAUGAUGAGGAUAAGUAUGCUGACAUUAUUUAUCUUAAAAAGUAUAAAUUGCUUAUUUAAUGUUGUGGCAAUAACUUUUAUCUUUUUAUCAUUAGUUUUUUAAUGCCAAAAGAUUUAAUCUCUUUAUGCUGUAAUGAAUUGUAAAAGAAGUAUUUUUAUUAUAUACAGUGUUUUUUCCUCCAUAAUAGGAUUUUAAUUAAGAUCUUAGCAACUAUGGUUCAUAGCACUACAGAAGCACUGAAAAUCCUACCAGUUCUGAGAGUUCUGCUAAAAGCAAAGUGUACAUUUUUCCCAAAUCAAACACAUUCCUUUUGAAAUCUACAGGUGGAAGAAGGUACUUUCCAGUAUGAGACCUGAUGUGCAGUGUUUGGGUAAAGGUCCCCUGUGGUCAGGGAAGCUCAGGGAGGAACUUUGUGCCACAGCAGUCUUGGAGAGCUGCACAGGCACAGUGAGUAGUGCAUGGACAGAAACUGAAAACCAGCUCAAUUCAGCACAGGACAUUUUAUGAUUUGGCCCUGCCUCAUUACAGCAAGUAACACUCAAUCAAGUAUUUCAUUUUUAAAAAACAGACCAAAAGAAUAAUGCUUCUUAGGAAAUCAUUGCAUGGUAUUUCUCUUGAGUUUCACUUAUAUAACUGUCUGAACCUCAGCAGAGCUACUAUAAAAUUCUUGCCAGUUAGCACUCUUCCUGGGAGUGGAAAUCUUUUUGGCAUCUCUUGCCUGAAAAAGCGGAAGAGUAAGAACACAGAGGGUGUCACUGUGUCUCUUGGAAUGCAAGUACCUUUAUCCGUGGGAAAACAUGCCUGGUGGUAUUUGUAGGUAGCACCCUUCUCCUGAGUUCCUUUCCUUUUAUAUGGCAUAAAAGAUAGUCCUUACAUUUACCCCAUUGUGUACCCUUUCCUGUCAUCUCCAUAAAACCAGCACAAUUCUGAAUGAAGCCAUUUCAGUUUUCAGGAAAACUUACACAUUACUUCCUGUAUCUUGGACCGGCUAAAGGUACCAUAAACAACAGGUGUCAACACCAUUUAGCAUUGACCCAAAGUGGUGAAAGGCUUUUGUGGGAAAAACCAUGGGAAAAAAACCCCAUGAGUAUUUUUGAAAGGGCUUCUGGAUAUGUUAGGUCUAUUCCUUUCCUUUUGACAAUUUUGGGGCAGCUGCAGUGGUUAAUUCCUCCCUUUCCUGUUGACCAAGCUCAAGCACAAUCUGGUUUAGUAGUUCUUUUAUCCUCUUUAUGCUUUGUUUAUGCUCUUCAUCCAUGCUUUACAAUGUCUGAGCUUUGUUAGUUGGCCAGUUCUUCCAAGUGUGUUGUUUUCUGAUUAAUGUACAUUGAUAUGGUGCUAUUACAGUGUUUGGUAGAAUGACUUACAAAGAAAGAAAUUUUUCAUUUUUCUUCUGUACACAAGUAUUACUUGAAGUUAAACUUAACUAAUGAAUUCUGACAUGUGUUUUAUCAGUUGUGCUUUACCAAACUUAUAUGUUGGCCUGUACAAUUCAUUGAAGUUCUGACAGUUACAUUCUACAGAGUGGAAAGAUACAGCCAGGCUGAACGACACACUGUGUACAUGUCCUUAUGAUGGGAGUUCCUCAUGAUGAAUGUUUCCGUGAUUCAUGUUUUUAUAAAGAAUGCCAGAGGGAUGACUAUGGAUAUAUCACUUGUCAUAACUUGUAGUUCAGUUAACAAUAGUGAAGUAACUGUUUAAAAAAACAGCUAUUGUACAGGAAUGUUCAGUUAUGUUUGCUUUGCAAGACUUCAAGCAAGCAUGACAUGGGAUGUGCUAGACAUGUCUUGUGACUUUUGAAUUGCUGGGGUAAAAGGGCUACUGCAAGUAAGAACAAAUGUGUUAAUGACUCCUCUCUGCAAACAUUCCUACAGCAAUACAUUCUGUUCCCACUGCACACCUUUUGGACAGCAUUGGAAGCUUUCUUUUAACUCCAGUGCUGCUCUGCAGUGCUUAGUUCUCAGUCUGUGCAAAUACAUCGAUGGAACUACAAAGAGGGAGAUUGUUCCUAUCUCUUGGGACUUCUCAGAGGACAUAGAGCAGAGCACAGCACUGCUGUGGUAUGGGGGCUUGAGCCUGCUGCUGCCAUCACCAGCAUGGAAGGCAGGAGUGGCUUUGGGACUAUGAAAGUGGGCAGAAGGAGAUCAGGUUUCAUAAUGCAUGGAGUCAGAUCAGUCCCACUGUUAGGAAUGGCUUCCCUAGAUUGGCAGUAAAGCUAUUCCUUGAUAAAAAUGGAUGGUUGGAGUGGAACCAAUGAGAGAAUGUCUACAACAGGACCAAACAGGAAGGCUGUAAAGCAUUCCUGUUUGUGCAUUUCCUUGCAGGAAGGAAUUAAAUUCAUAGUAAGAAGUAUGGAUCAUUAUUAUAAUUAUUAUUAGUAAUAAGACUGGGAUCAUAAAGAAGAAUUGCUAGCACUAGUUACCAAUUUAGCCUGUUACUCUGCAGCAACUUGAAAGAGGCCUGAUUUGCAAACAAGGCAAAAGAAUUCUGCUUCUGUUUCUAAAACAUAAUACCUUAAACAAUGAAUACCAUGAACAACGUCUUAUUCAUGACAACAGGAUGUCAUGAACAAGAGGAGGAAACUCUGGUGAACUUGUACAGGACGAGUUGACAGAAUAGUAAUCUCAAAUAUGGCAUCUGGCCUUAAAUCUGUUUCAUUCUAUCCUAAUCAUGCGAAUCUGUGAAUCUGGUUUGACAACAAUCAUUAGGCAAAUUUUUUUCUGAAGAAUAGAGGAAUUUUUUCUUUCUGUUCUUUACAAGGUUCCAUCCCUUCCUCCAGGCUAACUUCUGUCCUAUUCCCUACUAGGACUUGAUCCAUUAAUGCAAUUUUACAUUAAUGUAACAUUUUUGACCCCAAAACUGUGACAAAGCUGGUAAAAACAGAUCUACCUUGAGAAGAUAAUGAUACAUCAGUAAUUACCUGUUGUCCAAAAAGAUGAGAAAUAGGAAAUUUACAUAUAUUGAAAAUUAGGCUGUAGUUUAAGGAAUGUUUUCUUAAUCAAAAAGGAGAUACACAUCAGUUCCUUAGUACAACUAUUGUCCAUGUCUGUAAAUAAACUGUAACACUGUUGCAGGCUAUUUUAAUCAGCAUCCACAUUGAAAUAUUCAUCCUAAUAUUAAGUAAGGUUUGAAGAGACCAAUUUAAAUAUCACACUGCAUAGAGUGAAGGCAAAGACUUAAUUCUGGAUAUUUGAUUAAGACAGCUGAAAAUCUCAAGUUUAAGUUAUUGCAUUAAAGAGGAUGAACUCUCUGAGAGGCUGUGAAAAGGUGCAAUAAUUCUACAGUUAUGCAUCUGUUGAUACUCAGAUCUGGUUUGAUUUAAUAAAUAGUAAGAGCAGCAACAUUCUCAGUACUUUUUGAAGAAAUGUGGGAAGCUGUGUUCUGUAGUUGAAAUGUUCAACUGGAUCUUUUCAUCAAGUACAGAGGAAGAAAUCAGAAAAUGUGCUUUUAGUAAAUUGUAGGGAUAGUUUGUAUGCUGCUUAAAACAAUCUGAGAAUGAUACAUUGUCUGAUACGACCGAAGAAUUUUCAUGUCUUCAUUUUAGUUUAAGACAUCCUAUAAUGAGAGUUCUACUCUGUUAAAUGAAGAAAUGUUCAAAUACUGGCUUUCCUAAAUUCCACCACCCCAGGUGAUUUUUCUCAUUUCUGCAGUUCACAUUUUUGCUCCUCUCCCCAUCUUUUUGUUGUCAAUACUAAAUCAGGAUGUUACAUUCUUUUUGAUGUGAAUGAAAAUGUGGUAAGAGAUCCUGGAUGAAAAGUCAUAUAAUUCAUUAAUGCAUCACUCUAAUCCAGGAUCUACUACUCAUGAGAACCAAAACUAAGUAUGUAUUCUUAUAUUUGGUCUUUCUAAAGGCUCUUAGGUUACUUCAGUUCCAGACAGGGAAAGGAAUAAAGAAAUGGACAACCUCUUCAGAAUUUUCCAUAUGCUUUGUUCAGAGAAUGGCAGAUCAAGUGUUUUAAACAAAGAAAGGAAGGAAACUUUGAUUUCUUGCCAGGAGAUUGAAACCUCCUGAUCUUUUGCCAAACUAGUUUAUUUUGCUGCCAACAGUUCCCUCACCUUAAACAGCUCCUUUUCAUCUGUAAAGCUAACGGCUGUGAAAGAAACAGGCUCUGCAGAAUGGCAACACUAAGAAUCUGCCCUAGUUUAUGUAGGAACAGAUUCACUUUCCAAUUUUGUUAUGUACCUGAAAACACAAUUCUAAGCAGCGAGUCACCUCAGGUGACUAACCAAAUUUUACUUUUUUCUCUAAGUGCAUCAAAAUUACUGGCUUUGUGACUGUUGAUCUGUUAUUGCACAGGAAUUACUUUAUUUCUUUUGCUAUUGAAUAAAAUACAGCCCUGAUUUUCAGGA